AUGUUUGGAAAAUAUUUUAUUUUAUUAACGGCGCUGACGGCAACAUGCGCAGCCAGUCUUAUGAGGGUGCCGCUGUACCGCAUGAAGACCGUCCGGGAACACUUCCAUGAAGUGGGCACGGAGCUGCACAUGGCCCGCAUCAAGUAUGCGACCGGUGGGCCCGCUCCUGAACCUCUCUCCAACUAUUUAGAUGCUCAAUAUUAUGGCCCCAUUUCGAUCGGGAACCCUCCCCAGACAUUCAAGGUAGUGUUUGACACUGGCUCCUCCAAUCUCUGGGUUCCGUCCAAGAAAUGCCACUACACUAAUAUUGCUUGUCUUCUUCACAAUAAGUAUGACAGCAGCAAGUCCAAGUCUUAUCACAAGAACGGCACGGAGUUCUCCAUCCACUACGGCUCCGGUUCCCUGUCAGGGUUCCUCUCCGUCGAUGACGUCACACUGGGAGGAAUGACGGUCAAGUCGCAGACGUUCGCAGAGGCGAUGUCGGAGCCGGGGCUGGCGUUCGUGGCCGCCAAGUUUGAUGGCAUUCUUGGCAUGGCCUUCGCCAGUAUCGCCGUGGACGGGGUGACGCCGGUGUUCGACAACAUGGUGAAGCAAGGCCUGGUGGCGCCCGUCUUCAGCUUCUACCUCAACAGGGACGCGUCAGCUGCGCAGGGCGGUGAGCUGGUGCUGGGCGGCUCGGACCCCGCUCACUACCGCGGGCCGCUCACCUACGUGCCGCUCUCCAAGGACACAUACUGGCAAUUCAAAAUGGACGGCGUCCUCGUCAACGGAUCCAGCUUCUGCAAACGAGGUUGCCAGGCCAUCGCGGACACGGGCACCUCCCUGAUAGGCGGCCCAGUGGACGAGGUGGCAGCCCUGAAUGCCAAGAUCGGCGCGACCCCGAUGGCGUUCGGUCAGUUCGCCCUGGACUGCUCCCUCAUCCCCCACCUGCCGCCCGUCACCUUCACCAUCGCCAACCAGCAGUUCACUCUCGAGGGCUCCGACUACGUGCUCCGGGUGUCUCAGUUCGGUAAGACGGUGUGUCUGUCGGGCUUCAUGGGGCUGGACAUCCCUCCGCCCGCCGGCCCGCUGUGGAUCCUGGGAGACGUGUUCAUCGGUCGCUACUAUACAGAGUUCGACGUCGCCAACAAACGCAUCGGCUUCGCGCCCGCCCUCUAG